AUGUGCCUCAAGACGUGGAACGUCUGUUCUGCAGUCUCAGCGAGCAACUUGCGUGUCCGGCCUACACCGUUCCCUUGGCAGUGAGCUUUGAGGAGCAACUGUUGCUGCUCCUUAGCAUGGUCAAAGCUAAUGGACAUCUCUGUGGAUGCGCAGAGGUUUGCAAAGAGCUACUUCCACAACAAGCCAGCACCGUUCGAGAAAAGCCAAAGUAAUUCCAGCAGUGUCCCCAGCAAAAGGGCAAAGAACGCAAAGGCCAGCCAAAAGUUAGAUGAACUGGAGCUCUUGAAAUGUUGCUACCAGUUGCUGCGAAGUGACACGUCCUACUUCCGUGAGUUGUGGGACUGGUCCGGCUUCAUUGCCACCUACUCGCACCUCGAGACCCCCUGCCCGAUGAUACAACUCUACUGCAACUACAUCAUGGCCAUGCUCACGAAUAUGAGCCCAACACAGCGGAAUGCCCAAAAUGCCAAGAUAUCCACAGAAGCACAGCUCCGAUUUGAACGCGAGAAGGAACAGUCAUGGGCCGUAGCCAGGCAGGCCGAGGGCUGCUGCUAUUCUCCCGAAGACGAAACGCCUGAACAGAUGCUGAGCCUGAGCCUCAACCAGAGUGUGACCAACAUUGAGGGCGUACUCUUGCCGAUCUGGAGGAUCUGGAUGCCGCCACCCAAGACACCUACACAAUUCUGAACAGUUUGCUGGAGAGGCAGUGCCUGAGCGUUCCCGGCUUUCGCGACUCUGUGAAGAUUGAGCCAGGCUUUCAAUUGUUUGUCACAGUGCGGACCAACAAAUCGGCCAGCAAUUCGGGACAGAAAUCGCUCUAUUCGCUGCUGGAUAAAUAUCUGUAUACGAUCAACGUUUUGCCGCUUUCCCGCAACGAGCUGUGCAAGGUGGCUGUUGCUGGAGGAUCUGGAUGCCGCCACCCAAGACACCUACACAAUUCUGAACAGUUUGCUGGAGAGGCAGUGCCUGAGCGUUCCCGGCUUUCGCGACUCUGUGAAGAUUGAGCCAGGCUUUCAAUUGUUUGUCACAGUGCGAACCAACAAAUCGGCCAGCAAUUCGGGACAGAAAUCGCUCUAUUCGCUGCUGGAUAAAUAUCUGUAUACGAUCAACGUUUUGCCGCUUUCCCGCAACGAGCUGUGCAAGGUGGUCAGCACCAACUAUCCCAAGCUGGCGACCGUCGCCAAUCG